AUGAGCAACUAUAGUGAUAGGAUUCUGUCGCAAUUUAGUCGAACUAGCCAUUCAUUCGAUAACUUCAAUUUAGAUAAACUUUGCGAUAUAAUCGAGGAGGAAACAGCUUCUAACAGAGACAAUUUGUUCCAUAUCCAUUUGGUACUGAAUCAUUGUAGAGACUCCUUAAACACAUAUCUGGAUCUAGCGAAUUUACAAAAGCAUAUUUAUUCUUCAAAUACAUUUAAAGUACUGAACAAUGCCGUGGAAUCUACCUUCAUAGAUGGAACUGUAAAUUAUAUCAGCAAUGAACGAUUUAAAGAAUUGUCUCUAUGCACUAUCAAAGAAUCUAACAGUCUAUUACAGGGGAUAAACUCUCUCUCUGAACACACAAAACUUAUAGGAAGAUUCAUCAAUACCAUGCCAAUAGACUCUCAAAAUAAUCUCAUUAGUGAUCCAAUGACUUUACUUUUAGAACUCUGGUUCCGUAAUAUUCAAAAGAUUGAUUUCUUAAAAAUGAAAGUAAUAUCUAUUUUCAUGACGGCUAAAUGUCUACUGAUAAAUUUUGAACUUUGUCUAAUUCGAAGUUAUCUCAAUGACUUCUAUACACAAAUAUCCUCAAAUUCUGACUCAUACAAAAAUGAUCUGAAACAAAAUUUAGAAUCCACAAUAGUAUCAUUCAAUUCAUUCAUAGGGAAAGUAAUAAAGAAAUUAGAAAUUGCAGAAAUCAAUAACGAUAAAACAAUCUUUAACCAAUGCUUCAAAGUUUUCAAAGAAAUUGAAACUAUGUACAUUCAAUUAAACUUCAAUUGGCUAAUUUCCGAGAACACAUUUUUAAAUGAACAUAACCAGAAAUUAAUUGUCAAUGGACCAUCUAAAGUACAGAAUGACCCAGGAAGUCGUAAAACCGCAGACACAGAUAGUACGAUACAAAUUAGCAAGAGAACAAACUCUAAUGAUAAUGUAACUCUGGAUCAACUAGCGCCACACGGCAGAAGCAGUUCGAUAUCAAGUGAAGAUACUUUGAUGGUACAGUCCAGUUUAAUCAAAGAACUGCCGAAUCUAUUAGAUGCCUUCAAUAAUGCAAGACGAUUGGAAAGUGAAUUAGCAAACGUACAGAUCAAUAAAGACCAUAGUGAGAAAAGAUCUAUUUCAAUAUCGUCAUCCACAACUUUAACGGAGUCACCCAUACUUGAGUCCAGUUCACAAUUCGAAAAUGACAAUAAUACCAUAACGCCAUCCAUCAAGUUAACUUCAAAUUCUCACAGAUUUGAUGAAUCGAACUAUAUCGACUUUUUAUAUUCGUCACAAUUACUGAAAAAUGAUUUUUCUAAACUAAUGUCAUCUCUAAACAAACAGAACCCUCAUUAUCUUUCAUCAGCCACCUUCAACACGGCUAUCACAAGAAAUUUAAACGGAUUCCAUAGCGAACUCCUCAAUAAUCUCUACGGUGUUGGUCAUAAUCGCACCCUUCAUGAGAAAUGA